GCCAUGUUUGGCACUUUAUUUCACCAGAAGGAUGUCGCGGGAGUGCGUCUUCCUUGUCGUCGGUGGUGGCAUCGCUGGCGUUAGCUGUGCCGAAUCCUUGGCCAUCUGCCAACCUUCCGCCUCCAUCCUCCUGCUCACCGAGUCCAGCAUUGUGAAGAGCGUGACCAAUCUGGUGCCGAUAGCACGUUACCUGCACAAGUUUGACGUGCGGGAGCAGAAUGUCUCCGAAAUGGGAGCCAGCGUAGGCACGCUCGUCGACCAGCUGGAGCACAUCGACAGCAGUGGACACUGGGUUCGCACCAAGAAGGGUGUGGUGAUCCGGUAUCGCUACCUAUGCCUUUGCACCGGUGGAGCCCCAAAAUUGUUCAGCUCUGCUCCCGAUGAGUCCCGCAUCAUUGGCAUUAGGGAUACAGACUCUGUGCUGGAGCUACAGCGACGAUUGGCGAAAGCCAAGGAUGUCAUGAUCCUGGGAAACGGAGGAAUCGCCAGCGAGCUGGCUUACGAGCUCAAGAACGUUUAUGUACAUUGGGUGGUUAAGGACAGCCACAUCUCGGCCACAUUUGUCGAUCCCGGAGCCGCUGAGUUCUUCCAACUGGCCAGGAAAGAAGUGAAAGAUAAGGGCUCUGUCCCGAAAACAGCAAUUAAGCGGAUGCGUUACGACGAACUGCUGCCCAAGGAGCUGGAUAAUAGGCAUGGCGCCGCCUUGGGUCCGGAUUGGCAUCGCACCUACGAUUUGAGCGGUGCGGCGGAAACUUCCGAAGAUAAGAGCCUACCCAAGAUCUACUACAAAUCACACAUACAGGAGUACCACGAACUUGAGCCGGGAACAGGAGGCGGUCUGAGCAUCAUGCUGGGACACGAGGAUGGAAGCUCGGAGCGGCUGACCUGUGACUUCAUUGUGUCCGCCACCGGCGUACAACCACGCCACGAAUACACCAGCGAUGCAGCAAUCAAGUUCUCCGAAGACGGUGGCAUUUCGGUGGAUGAAAUGAUGCGAACCAAUCUGCCCGAUGUCUACGCAGCGGGCGAUGUUUGCACAUCCGCCUGGUCACCUGCACCCCACUGGUUCCAAAUGCGCCUGUGGACGCAGGCCCGGCAAAUGGGCUCCAUGGCGGGCAGGAGCAUGGCUGCGGCUAGUGAGGAGGAAACAGUCUACCAGGACUUUUGUUUCGAGCUCUUUGGUCAUGUAACGCAGCUCUUUGGCUACCCUGUGGUCCUACUGGGUCGCUUCAAUGGGCAGGAUCUGGGACAGGACUAUGAGAUCUUGGUGCGAUGCACCCCCAACAAGGAAUACAUCAAGUUCGUGCUCCAGAAUGGAAGGCUGCGCGGCGCCAUCCUCAUUGGGGACACCGACCUGGCCGAGACCUGUGAGAACCUCAUACUAAAUGGCAUCGACCUGGAACCAUUCGGCGAUGACAUACUCAAUCCCGACAUUGACAUUGAAGACUACUUUGAUUAGUUAAUAUUACGGAUUAGCUUACUGUAUUUCAGGACUUUGUGAAAAAUAUUUUAAGGACAUUACAACUACGAUUGGCCGGUGGCUUGAAUCGAUGGCGCUUUCUUCUGGCGCUGUCAUUUGAGCUUGCCCUCGGUGCCUGUACAAAAAAUA